GCUCGUCCUCGAUAUUCUCUUUCUACCCCUUCAUCUCCAUUUUUCUCAUCUUACUGUUAGCGUUUGGUUUAUGAAAAUUUCUGAAAAUUUUAAGAGAUCGAAUCGUGACAUUUGGCUUCCACACGCUAAGUUUGAUCUCAAUAUCUUUUUCUUGAAUGGCAGCUACAAAAACCCAAGAAGCCUCUUCUUCAUCAGUUCCAUGUUCUUACCAUGUCUUCUUGAGUUUCAGAGGUGGAGAUACCCGCAAGAAUUUUACUGAUCACCUCUACACAGCUCUGGUUCAACAAGGAAUCCAUACAUUCAGGGACGAUGAUGAAAUCCAAAGAGGAGAGAACAUUGAGUUAGAAAUUCAAAGAGCAAUAAGAGAGUCAAAGUUAUCCAUAAUUAUACUUUCACAAGACUAUGCUUCUUCAAGAUGGUGCCUAGACGAGCUUGUGAUGAUCAUGGAGCGCAGAAGACUUGUUGGGCAUGUUGUGGUGCCAGUUUUCUACGAUGUGGAUCCAUCCCAAGUCAAAAACCAGACAGGAAGAUACGGUGAAGCAUUUGCUAGGCAUGAAAAGGACUUAAAGGAGGAGAUGAACAAAGUGGAGCAAUGGAGGGAUGCUCUAAGAGAAGCUGCGGAUAUGAGAGGGAUGGUUCGGCAAAAUGGGUACGAGUCUCAAUUUAUUCAAAACAUUGUAAGAGAGGUUGAGAACAAAUUGAGUCGAACAGUACUCAAUGUCAGUCCCUAUUUAGUUGGAAUGAAUUCUCGUAUAGCUCAAAUCAAUCAUUGGUUGCAAGAUGGGUCGGAUGAUGUUGAGAUAGCAACAAUCUAUGGGAUUGGUGGUAUUGGGAAAACAACUAUUGCCAAGAUAGUUUAUAAUCUAAACUUCAACAGAUUCGAUGGAAGUAGUUUUCUUGCUAAUGUUAGAGAAAUUUCAGAACAACCUAAUGGACUAAUUCGAUUGCAGAGGCAACUUCUUUCUGAUCUAGUAAAGGGGAAAACAAGCAAAAUAUACAAUAUUGAUGAAGGGAUUACUAGGAUUAGAGAUGUUUUGUAUGGCAAAAGAGUUCUACUCAUUCUUGAUGAUGUUGAUGAUGUGGAUCAAUUCAAUGCAAUAGUUGGAAUGCGAGAAUGGUUUCAUCCAGGAAGCAAAAUUAUUAUAACAACAAGGCAUGAGCAUUUACUAAGAUUUAUUUUCAGAUUUGAAGUUGAACAACUGGAUGAUAAAGAAUCAGUUCAGCUCUUAAGCUGGCAUGCCUUUGGCCAAGAUCAUCCUGCAGAUGGCUACCAGAAGCAUUCUGAAAAUGUGGCUCGUCAUUGUGGUGGACUUCCAUUAGCACUUCAAGUCUUGGGUUCUUCUCUAUCUGGCAAAACUACAACUGUUUGGGAAAAUGCCUUACAGAAGUUGGAAAAAAUUGCUGAUAGUAAAAUUCAGCAUAUUCUUAGAAUAAGCUUUGAUUCUCUUCAGGAUGAUCAUGACAAAAGCUUAUUCCUUGAUAUAGCUUGUUUUUUCACUGGAAUGGUCAUAGAGUAUGCUAUUAGAAUACUGGAUGGUUGUGAUUUUUAUGCUAUAGUUGGCAUUCAAAAUCUUAUUAAUAAAUGCCUAGUAACUGUCGAUGAAGAAAAUAGGUUGAUGGUGCAUCAAUUAGUCAGAGACAUGGGACGGGAAAUUGUUCGCCAAGAAUCACCUGAUGAUCCUGGAAAACGUAGCAGACUGUGGGAUCCUAAGGAUGCAACUGUAGUAUUGCGAGAAAAUGCUGGUACAGAAUCAAUAAGGGGCCUUAGCCUCAACCUACCAGUGCCGGCAGAGGACAAGCGCACAAGGAAAAAUCCUUUGUUGAAUCUUGCAAAAAAAUAUGAUGAUCAAGAUUCUAUUGAAAAAUCAAGGUUUCUUGAUGAAGAAAAUUUUUUGAAAAGGCAUAAGCUUAGCAACUUAUCAUGGCAACCAGCAAAAACUGCUCCAAUAAGUUCAUUUUCUGCAAGGGCAUUUGAGAAGAUGGUGAGACUAAAAUUGCUUAACAUCAACUAUGUAAAACUUAAUGGAGACUACAAGGAAUUUCCUACAAGUUUAGUGUGGUUGUGUUGGCGUGGAUUUCCUUUGAACUCUAUGCCAAUUGAUCUCUGCUUAGACAAGCUGGUUGCUCUUGAUAUGCGCAAUAGCAAAGUGAAAUAUCUAUGGAAGGGAAUCAAGUUUCUUGUGGAGUUGAGAAUACUUAACCUUAGUCAUUCCCAUGGGCUUGUUAGAACCCCCAACUUUAGGGGGCUCCCUAGUCUUGAGAAAUUGGUGUUCAAAGAUUGUACAAGCUUGGUUGAUAUUGAUGAAUCCAUUGGAGGCCUAGAGAGGCUUGUAAUAUUGAAUUUAAGAGACUGCAAAAGCCUUAAGAAGCUUCCAGAAGAAAUUACUAUGUUGGAAUCUCUUGAAGAACUAGUCAUAUCAGGUUGCUCAAAUCUUUUUGAGCUACCGAAGGAGCUUGCUAAGUUACAAUCAUUGAAGGUGUUCCAUGCAGACAGAAUAGCCAUAAACCAAGUGGACUCUAGCACUGGAGUUUUGAAGGAACUCAGUUUGUCAUUGUGGCAUUCAACCUCAUGGUCUUGGCUAUUACAAAAAAGAUGGGCAACAUCAACCAGAUUUUCGUUAGCUUUUCUACCCCGCUUUUUAGUAAGCCUAAGUCUUGCAAAUUGCUGUCUUUCAGAUAAUGCUAUUCCUGAAGAUCUUAGUUGCCUGCUUUCUUUAGAGUACUUAAAUUUAAGUGGAAACCAGAUUCGUUGCUUACCAGAGAGCAUCAACGGCCUCGUUUCACUAGGUUCCCUAGUGUUAGAUCAGUGUGCAAGCCUCCAAUCGCUUCCAGAGCUUCCAACGAGUUUAAACUCUUUGAAGCUAGAAGAUUGCACAUCAUUAGAAAGGCUUACAAAUCUGCCAAACUUAUUGAAAUCACUAGACUUGGAAAUUUUUGGUUGUGAAAAGCUAGUUGAGGUUCAAGGUAUAUUCAAAUUAGAACCACUAGGAACCAACACAGAAAUACUUGAUAAUUUGGGAUUGUUCAAUUUGAAAUCUUUGGAAGGAAUUGAAGUGGAAAUGUCAAAUUCUCUGUCAUGCACAGAAAUGAAGACAAGCAUUCAGGUACUGCAUGAAUGUGGAAUAUUCAGCAUAUUUCUUCCAGGAGGAACAGUUCCAGAUUGGUUUGAAUUGAUAAGUGAGAGUCCAGCAAUAUCUUUCAACGUCGAACCAGUUCCUGCUCACAAGGUCAAAGGUCUAAGUUUGUGCAUACUGUAUAUGAAUCUUGAUGAUGGUGGGCAAAUUGAUGGCAAUUGUGCAAAAAUCAACAAUAAAACUAAGGGUGUAAAGUGGACAUAUAGCCCAAACUUCUAUGGGAUUCCAGAAGUGUCUCAAGAUAUGUUGUGGUUAAGCUACUGGACAUUUGGAGAUCAGCUGAAAGCUGGAGAUGAAGUGCAGAUUUUAGCAGAAAUGGCAUCAGGCUUACAUGUAAAGGCAUGUGGGGUUCGACUUGUAUACGAGCCAGAAUACAAGGAUGUUCCAGAAAUUGUCCAAAGCAGCAGCUCUAAGUACCCAACCAUGGCGGAUACAGAUAUGUCAGAUUAUGAAUUGGGAACGGCUUCGUAUUUUCUGUGCCAUCAUAACUUUCAAACACAUCAAGGAGCAGGAAGAUAUGACUGGGAUGAUUUGAGUGGCUAUGAGUACAUAUUUGAAGAUAGAGAGAAACACCAUGAAUCUUAUGAGAAUGAAGAGGAAGACAUUGAAACUGACCAGAAUGAGGAGCAAAUUUUGGACAGUGAAACUGAAAUUUGGACAUAGCCUCAAUGUACUCGUUCAAUCAUCCUUGUACUCGUGCACUUUUUCAUGCAAAAGCACGUCAAAUGAAGCCUUAACUUACAGUAUUUGUCAUGAAAUUCGACAUUAACAUUGAGUUAUUUUCUUGUCA